AUGCGAUUGAGCUCUUGUAGCGACACCGAAGUCGGAGACUACUUGCAGUUGGCCUUUGCCAGGCUGAUGGUGAGCCUGCAGGAAGAAAGCGAGAGCUUGAGCAAGCAGAUCAAAGAUGCAGCAAGUGCGGAAAGCCUGGCGCAUCGUCAGAGGAGCCAGCUGGAAGAAGUCAACAAGCGCCUCUCCCAAGAGCAGCGCGCUUUCGAGGAUCAACAGGAAGAUCAAGCUGAGCAGAAGCGAGGUGAACGUCAGCAGCGAGACCGUGAAAUUUCAGAACUGCAGCAAGAGAUCAAAGACCUCGAGCUAUUUCUGCAGAUGAGGCGACGGUGUGAAGCUUCGGCAGACGUCAACGAACUGCAAGCCGCGCAUCUUCUGGUCACAGAGGGGGAGAACCGGCGAGGUCGAAGGAACCGAC